AGCCAACCCACGUGAGUAGCAUGGGUGAGCAACGUACUUAGGAAAUGGCUACCCACUCCCUCCCUUCCUAUUUGAGAGAAAGAGAGAGAGUUAGUGCUUUGAAUCAUCCAUUGAAGUAGAGAUGGAGAUCAUUCCUUCUAUAUAUAUGUAGACUUGGAAAGUCAGGUUGCUAGUAGCUGAGAGAGAGGAAAAUAGUGGUUUAGAGAACCCAAUUAUAUUACCCAUGCCAUCAUCCAUGGCCAUUAGCUACUACUUCCUUUUCCUUCUUUUUCCAUCUGUUCUUCGCUUGUUUCUCGAUGACUGUUCAGAUCGGAAAGUCGAGGCCUAUGGAUUCAAAGAAAUGACUCAGAAUUUUCAAUCCCAGAGUCAUGUCGUUUCACUCAGUUCCUUGAUGCCGGCCCAAGUUUGUUCUACUCCAGCCCAAGGUUCAGACAUCUUGAGCAGGGGAGAACUGCAAGUAACUCACAAGCAUGGGCCUUGCUCACCACUGAAAGAAGCGAAUAAAAAAAUUCCUAGUCUUACCCAGAUUCUCAUGGACGAUCGAUCUCGAAUCAAGUUCAUCCAUUCAAAAAUCUCAAACCAAGACCUAGUAACAAAUUUUGCUUCAAAAAUUCCUGCCAACUCUGGCUACUCCCUCGGCACUGAAAACUUUGUUGUCAGGAUUGGACUUGGAACACCGAUGCAAAAUUUGACAUUAAUCCUCGAUACCGGUAGUGAUCUCACUUGGGUCCAAUGCCAACCGUGUGUGGCCAAUUGUUAUUUGCAACAAGAUCCCCUCUUCAACCCUUCUGCAUCCUCCACCUAUUCUAACAUCACAUGUAACUCCCAUGCGUGUGCCCAACUGCAACAAUCCACAGGCAACUCGCGGUCAUGUAACACCACAUGUAUAUACCAGAUUGCAUAUGGUGACGGAUCGUCGUACUCUGAAGGCUACUUUGCAACCGAUACACUAACAUUAUCAGAUUUAUCUUCCUCUGAUAAUGUCUUCCCCAAAUUCGAAUUCGGUUGUGGUGAGAACAACCAAGGCCAAUUUGGUUCUGCAGAUGGAUUACUAGGCCUCGGCCGCAAUCAGGUCUCUAUGGUAUCACAGACUGCUCAAAAGUACAGAAAGCUUUUCUCCUAUUGCCUUCCAUCCACAAGGAGCUCCACUGGUUUUCUUGCAUUCGGUAGCCAAGUGGGUGAUCAUGAUCACCAUUCUUCUUCUUCUUCUAGUGCUCCUCAAUACACUCCACUACUAAUAGAUUCCAACAUCCCGUCUUUCUAUUUCAUAACUAUGAUGGGUAUAAGUGUUGGAGGGAAGAAUUUAUCUAUCCCACAAUCAGUUUUUACAACUUCAGGAACCAUUAUAGACUCUGGCACUGUCAUCACUCGGUUGCCACCAGCAGCCUAUUCCGCCCUUCGGUCAGCAUUUCGUCAAGCGAUGUCUGAGUAUCCCGUGUAUUCGAUCGAGUAUACCUAUGUAAUGCUGGACACAUGCUAUAACUUAAAUGGAUAUGAUACCAUAACAAUACCAACCAUAGUGUUGCAUUUUGCCGGAGGUGUAAACUUGUCUAUUGAUCAAUCUGGGAUUCUAAUUCAAGCAAACAAAACUCAUUAUUGCUUGGCUUUUGCUGGAAACAAUGCUGGUAACGAUUUGGGGAUCCUUGGAAAUCUGCAACAACGGGGAAUUGAGGUGAUUUAUAACGUGACAGGAGGAAAGCUGGGAUUUGGGACAAGCGCUUGCAGUACUGAAACAGCCGUUUCUACUCCCCCUCCAAUGACUGCCCCUGCCCCUGCCCCUGCCCCCCAUCCAAUGGAAACACAAGCCCUUUGUACUUCCAUAAACAUAAUAUUGCCACAACAGUUGAUUUGAUUAAUUAAUGUAGACAUGUACAUGUAGUUUGAUCA